UUGCUAUGGUAUAAAGUUCAUAUUAAAUUACAAGCACUCACUGUUGUCUAAGCAAUGUAGGUGUGUUCCUAACGUCAAAGAUCAUAUCUAUCAAAACGAUGUGCGUGUGUGCGUUGGAGCACAGAAUACAUAGUUGGAGGAGUUUAAUGUCGCGUUCCGAAACUCGCGUUUCUUUUGUAUUAGUUUCGGCACGCGAGAUAAAAUGCAUCAGUUUCCACGUCAUUACAUCAGUCAAACAAAAAUCGCGUUACCAACAGUGUUUUAUUAUUUUUAAUAUACAAAUUUUAAAUAAAUAAAACAAUUCGUACGGCUUAAAAGGAUUUGACUUCAAGUCAUAUCAAAUUAAAAAAAAAAAAAAAGUUGUCUGUUACCUAAUCUACUGAGUUUGCUUUUGACAACUGAUACACGAAACAAAUUCGUAUAUCGUGUUUUGUGCAGAGUGUUUAGUUAGUUAGUGUUUGUUUAGUUCGUGAUUAGUGAAAAAAUAAUUUAUAUUUGAUAUGCCUCCUAUAAGACGAAGCAAUUUAGGUAGAAGAACCAGAAAUGCUACAAACCAAGCUAAUUACCGAUCUAAUCGUACUGCACAAGAACGUGACGACGGAAAUGAACGUGAAAGAAUUCGGAUAUCACAAACGCGUGAAGCGCGAGCGCGACAUUCAACUAAUAAUCGCGCAAGUUUGAAUCGAGCUGCUUUCAGUUACGAUGUGUCAAUUGACUACGGUAACUACCAAUGUGUUGUUAUUGGUUCUAUCAACUCGGUUUGCUCACACUGUAAGGCAUUAAAAUACAAAAACGAAGCCAAUGGAUUGUGUUGCGCAAAUGGUAAAGUGAAAUUGAUACCAUUGGAUCCACCACCAGAACCAUUGUACUCAUUGGUUUCAGGAAUAGGAACAGAUUCUAUACACUUUUUGACACAUAUCCAACAAUAUAACAAUUGCUUUCAAAUGACUUCAUUUGGGGCAACAAAUGUAGUUCGGGAAAAUUUUAUGCCAACUUUCAAGAUACAAGGGCAAAUAUAUCACAGAGCAGGUUCACUGUUACCAGUGUCAGAUAGCGACAACAAAUUCCUGCAAAUUUAUUUUAUGGGCAAUUCACCACAAGAAAUUGAUCUGCGUUGUGCACAUAACAAUUUAGUAAAGAGGUCUAUUGUAGAACAAUUACAAACUUUAUUUCAUCAACACAAUCAAUUGAUUAUAUUGUUUAAAACUGCCCUGGAUCUGAUGCCAUCCGAUAAUCACAAAAUUGUAAUCAGAGCUGAUAAAACACCUGCAGGUCAACAUACAAGACGUUUUAAUGCACCAACUAUUGAUGAAGUUGCUAUCGUUGUAGUUGGAGAAAACUUGGAAUCCCGUGAUAUUGUUUUACAUCGUCGGAAUGAUCAAUUACAACGUAUAAAGGAAACACACCGCUCAUAUGAUGCACUGCAAUAACCCAUUAUAUUUUGGCAAGGUGAAGAUGGCUACGAUUUCUCAAUAAAAAUGAUAAAUCCCAUUACAGGUAACUAAAAUAUUAGUUUAGCUAUGGCGAUAAUAUCUCAGUCAUUAUAUUAUGUAUUUUAAUUUUAUAUUUGAAUGUUAUUAAAACAAAAUCUAUUUACAGGUUCUGAAACCAACAAAAACUAAGUUCAAUGAACUAUUAUUCAUACCGCCUAAUGAUUCGGGAAAAUGAAGAUAAUCACAUAUUGAAAUGUCGGCGAUUAUAUCACAAAUAUGUUGUUGACAUGUAUGUUAAAAUUGAAACGGAGAGAUUAACAUUCAUCAGGUUGAAUCAAACCAAACUCCGAUCUGAAGAGUAUAUUCACCUUCGAGAUGCGAUUAAUACUGAUGGAAAUGCACAGAAUGUCGGUCGGAUGACUAUUCUUCCAGCAACAUACAUCGGAAGCCCUCGGCAUAUGCACGAAUAUGCUCAAGAUGCCAUGUCGUAUGUUCGUCAUUAUGGUACAGCAGAUUUGUUCAUCACAUUUACAUGCAAUCCGCAAUGGAUAGAAAUCAAGCAGGAGUUAUUCUCUGGGCAAUCACCCAUUGAUCGUCAUGAUAUUACAGCCAGAGUCUUUAGACAAAAGUUGAAAUCUUUAAUGGAUUUCAUCGUAAAACAUAAUGUGUUUGGUGAGACACGCUGCUGGAUGUAUUCUGUGGAGUGGCAGAAACGAGGAUUGCCACAUGCACACAUUUUGAUUUGGUUGGUUGAAAAGAUAAGGCCAAAUGAAGUUGAUGCAGUGAUAUCAGCUGAAAUCCCUAAUGUACAAGUAGAUCCUGGAUUGCAUGAGGUAGUUAUCAAAAACAUGAUACAUGGUCCCUGUGGAACUCUUAAUCAAAAUUCACCGUGUAUGAUGGAUGGUAAAUGUUCAAAACGAUAUCCACGGACAUUAAUAUCGGAAACAAUUACUGGUAAUGACGGUUAUCCAUUGUAUCGUCGCAGAUCGACAGCAGACAAUGGAAAAUCAACAAUUGUCAAAUUAAAUCAACAAGAUAUUGAAAUAGAUAAUCGUUGGAUUGUUCCAUAUUCACCCAUUUUAUCAAAGACAUUCAAAGCACACAUCAACGUUGAAUCUUGCCAUUCAGUGAAAUCUAUAAAAUACAUUUGCAAAUAUGUAACCAAAGGGAGUGAUAUGGCUGUGAUUGGAAUUGGUGCAGAGAAUUCCAAUGAUGAAGUUACCCAAUACCAAAUGGGCCGCUAUGUCAGUAGUAAUGAAGCAGUUUGGCGAAUAUUUUCUUUUCCUAUUCAUGAGAGACACCCUUCUGUUGUUCACUUAGCUGUGCAUUUAGAAAAUGGACAAAGAGUGUAUUUUACAGCACAGAACGCAGUACAAAGAGCUGCUCAGCCACCAUCUACUACAUUAACCAGUUUUUUUGAGACAUGCCAAAACGAUGAU